AUGUCUGAUCCCACUCCACAUUCAAUUAUACAAGAAAUAAAACGUCUCGGAUUCAAUUCAUACGAAAAAAUAAGUUUAUUUGGUUACUUCAACGGAAACGAAAAGAAUCAAGCUGACGCGUUAUCUUUCAUUGACAACUGUGAUACUGAUGAAAAAAAACAAGUUGUGGAGGUCCUUGAAGAAAAAUUCGAUCUUAUUAGACAUAAAGUAGGCGUUCUUAGAGAAGAAGUAGGCGGUAUUAGCCAUGAAGUAAAGAGAAUUCGACUUCACAGUGAAGUAAUGUGGUAUAGUGCUCCAGAUACUAUUACAGAAACUGAAAAGGGUAUUCAUGUGAGAAGCUAUGGUACUCUUAUUAACUUCCCAUUUAAAUUAACUGCGACUACUAGAAGAAUAGAUCAUGGAAAGUUUAGAAAUCCACCUAACGCUGAGGUUCCAGAAAAUCUAUUACAAGAGUAUUUUAUUAACGAAUGCAGAGCAUUACAAUCACUAAAGGAUUCUGUGCUUAUGGUUGAAGACUCACAUUCUAUUCCAUUGCUGGCUACUCGAAAACCAGAUUUUGCAUUCAUUUCAAAAGGGUCUCCUCUAGAUGCAUUAAAUGUCAUAGCAGUUGGUGAAAUAAGAAAAAGAUUUAGCAAUGGAUUUAGAAAUGCAGAUAUAGGACAUGCAGUGUCAUUUGGGGAAAAAGUACUUCAACUUCAGCCAAGACGAGCCUAUGUAUAUGUGGUGUUAACAGAUUGCAGACUUAUUUGUAUUUAUAAGGUGACUAGGAAGAAGAAUGUUAAUACCGGAGAUAACGUCCGAUUCUCAUAUGAAUAUACAUUACCCGAGCGCUUAAUAUACGAAACCAGAGAUACCUCUUCAACUGGGUGGCAAUACUUGGUAACGAUUAUGGAAUGUUCUCGAGAUCAGCUUGGAUGGGUUGAUCCAUCGUUGAAAUUCGGCUCAGAUAUUGUAAAUCUGGUUCGAUCUAUCAAUACAGGCAGAACUAGCGUUGUGUACGAAGGAAAGAUUAAUGAUAAAGAUUCUGUAGCCGUAAAAUUGAUCAAAGAAAAAAACUACUUAUCUUGUUUUUUAAAAGAAAAAGAGGUAUUGAAUGAGCUUUCAAGUCUAAAUUCACCUCAUCUUCAGAAACUUUUCCUAAGUGAUGAAGGUGCCCUUGUUACAACUCCUCUUGGUACGAUAGUCAAUAAUCUGAAAAAGAAGGAUAUUAAAAAUAUCAUCAACACACUGAAGACAGUGCAUUCAGUUUUCAAUCGCGUACACAUGGAUCUUCGUAGAUACAACCUACUUCGUGAUGAUAACGAAAACAUUGUGAUCAUUGAUUGGGGGUAUAGCGUAAAAAUCAAUGAAACUGGAAAAUUUGCUGGAGCACUUGAAGUUAUGCCUGACGAUAUUCUGACAUUGUUGAUAAAUGAAAAACAAAUUACUUAUUUAUCGAGAAUUGACUUGAUAUGUUUAGUAAGGACAUUUUAUUUGAUGCUUCAUAAACCGGCAAAUGCAGAAAUGGAGAGGAUGUUCUUUGAUGGAACUCUUGACAUCAAAUCACGCGCUCAAAAUUUAUUGAUAUUUUGGUCAUAUCACGGGAACUCAAAAUUAUGGGAAAAAAUCUAUCAACAAGCUAAUGAGUUGAACUAUGAUAAUUUAAUCGAAGAGCUUGAAGUGUUAUUUUAA